AUGAAUAAAAACCAACUAAUAAAUUAUCAAUUGAUCCUUCAUGCACUUGGAGUUGCUUCCUUUAGCUACUCAUUUAUUAUCUUACCUACUUUAGAAAGAUCAGAAACUUUAAUUUAUCAAUUCACCCAUUUGACUAUAGUAGGAUUACUUUUUUCUUUAUUCGCUUUUAUUUUUGCAUUGCUAUAUGAUUUCUUCACUUUUAGAGUGAUAUCUUUCUUGAAGGAUUGGUUUAUGGUUAUUUGUGUGCCGUUGGAAGGAUUAAUUUCUGUCCUAUAUUGGACCAUUAUAACUUACGAUGAAAAGUUAUUAAUGGAAAAACCAAGAUUACCAAUCUUUAUUGAUUUUGGAUUUCAUUUGAUUCCAGCAGUUUGCUUAUGGACCGAUUUCUUAUUUUUCGCUAAGGAAUUUAGAAAAUCUUACGCUCAUGUUCUUUAUAUAUUAGCAUUUGGCAUCGGUUACGUUGCUUGGAUAAAUUUUUACUUUGUCACUUUUGGUGAUUGGCCUUAUCCUUUGUUGAGAAAGUUGGAAGAUCCGCAACGUUUUGGUUGUUAUGUCGUCUGCGUUUCUUUAUGUGCAUUUAUUCAUGCAGCUUUUAAUAAACCGGCUAUUGCCUCGAAAUUGCAACAAAUUCACCAAAUUGAUGAUAAAUUAAAAUUGAAUUGA